AUGCCACGCGAAGUCAAAGGGAGCCCCUCGUGUCUCGCCCGGACAAGGCUGAACUUGCCCGCUGGCUUGCUUGCUUCUCCCUUUGCUUCCUUCCUUCCUCGCCUUCUUCUCCUCUUUCCGCGGCUUGGCCUAUAUCCUUCUCCGGCGGCUAGGGGGCGCUGCUCCACAAUACAUUCCCCGCGCCUCGCUCGCCUUGCUCCCCCCAUUGACUCGCUCCUUCGAAGCCCAGCAUCGCGUUGGGUUUCCCUCUUCCUCUCCGGCACGUGUGAACAGGCUUUGACCCGAACUAGGGCAGGGACGAGGGUGGGAAGGGUUCCGAAUAGGGCUGGGGGCCGAUCCGGUCCGAAGAAGGUCGCGUUUCCUCUCCGAAGGCAAAAGGAGAGGCGUCGCCUCUUCACUCUGCAAACUCAAUCCGAUCCCCAAAUUCCUCUCCAACUUGGUCGAGGCGGGGCGAUGCCUGGAACUUGGAGGCGAGAGAGGGAGAGAAGGGCUGUCGGAGGCUCUGGCUUCCCUGGAUCCUUCUCUUCGGAGCUGUCGGAAGCGCCGCCCAGUCCUUCCCCCUUUCCACCGCUGGACGGGGAGGGGGCGGAGGGGGCUGCUCCUCGCCUCCCUCCAAAGACACCCCCAAAACUCCGCCUCCGUCUUGAGAGGCGGCGCCGCCGGCAGACAGCCGAUGUGGAGAAUGUGAAUGGGAGGAAAAAACUUUUCAGGAAGAUUCAGCAGGCGCCCUGCCCUGCCUGUGUCUGGGAACGUAGAUGCCGCGAUGGUGUGGCAUCUGGAUCGGGUCUUUCCAAAUAUCGAGCUGGGGUGUUGUUGUGAGCUGUUUAGAAAUGAAAUGAUUAAGUCAUGGAUGUGAGUUCCAAGCUCAUAUGCAUAAAGGAGCCUGCCGUGUCUUUGAUUCAUAAUUCUAACUUGGUAUCCUUCCAGUUAUUCUCUCAAAAAAAUUA